UCCUUCCUCGCCGGUGAGGAGGGGGAGGAGGUUCGCAAGCCAGCGUCGCAGUCGAGGCCCGGGGAGGGACACGAGCAUGAACUUCGCGGGCGCGCGGCGACUCCCGGCCGGGACGCGCGCGGCGGCCCAGCGUUGCUGCGGCUUCUCGCUCCGCCCGGGCUCGUGCCCGGCCCCGGCUCCGCCCCUGGGCCCUAGACCGCCACGACCAAUGAGGUUUCUCAUCUCUUGCAGCCUGCUCUGGCCCCGGACUGGCUCUGUCUUGGCGGCCGAGGCUGGUUUACCUCCAAGUCGUUCCUUCAUGGGCUUUGCUGCCCCUUUCACCAACAAGCGAAAGGCUUACUCUGAGCGGAGGAUCAUGGGGUAUUCAAUGCAGGAGAUGUUUGAGGUGGUGGCCAACGUGCAGGAGUACCGCGAGUUCGUGCCUUGGUGUAAGAAGUCUCUUGUGGUAUCCAGCCGGAAGGGUCACCUGAAGGCCCAGUUGGAGGUUGGGUUUCCGCCUGUGGUAGAACGCUACACCUCUGCUGUGUCCAUGGUCAAACCCCACAUGGUCAAGGCUGUCUGUACUGAUGGCAAGCUCUUCAACCACUUGGAGACUAUUUGGAGAUUCAGUCCUGGUAUUCCUGCCUAUCCCCGAACCUGCACUGUGGAUUUUUCGAUUUCCUUUGAAUUUCGUUCUCUGCUGCACUCCCAGCUGGCCACCAUGUUUUUUGAUGAGGUGGUCAAACAAAACGUUGCUGCCUUUGAACGCCGGGCAGCCACCAAGUUUGGUCCAGAGACAGCCAUCCCCCGAGAACUGAUGUUCCAUGAGGUACACCAGACCUGAGGCACAGGACGGCUCGCUGGCCUCUCUUCUCCCCACACCCCCAGCUCUUAUUUAUUUGCUUUGGCUCCUGCUCCAAGGUGAAAGGAGUCUGGUCGUUCCUACUGCUCCUCCUCUCAACUCUCCAGAAAUUGGGCUCUCGCUGGUUGGAAAUCCUGGGAUAGAAAAAGGUGGGGGCGUGAAACAUGCCCAGGAGAAGGAGGGUCAGGCUGCUCCCAAGAGCCCUGCACGCCUGUGGCCAUGUCACUGGAAUCAGGACUGUGUGGUUUUGUCUCGGCCCUGUUGGGGCACUUUAGAGUCCAACUGGGGCAUGAAAGCAAUUUCUCUGAGGGCUGAAUGAACUGAGGUUUUCCUCUGGCAGAGGGGUUGGGGGAUGGGUAACUUUGGUCCUGCCUGAGGCUCACAGGACAAAAAGCCACCUGCCUCCAGCUGGGAAUCCAGAUGGCCUUGCCCACUUGUAAGGAUCCCUCUGUGCUGCCUGCUGAUAGACUAACAGACCAGGGGGCUGACUUAGCAACAGUGCCACAGGGCUGAGGAGAGAAAAGCACUGAACAGAGUUGUCUCUGUACCUUAUUCUUCAACUUGGCCUGAGUUUUUAUAACAUUUCAAUAAAUUGUGACAGAGUGA